AUGCUGAGCUCGGUGAAGAUGGAGGCCCAUGACCUGGCCGAGUGGAGCUACUACCCCGAGGCGGGCGAGGUGUGUGUCUUCGGGGAUACCGGAGCGGAAAGGCUGGUGCCCGGGAAGGAGCUUCAGAAAGGGUACCGGCGGCCCCUGGCCCACGCCAAGCCACCCUAUUCCUACAUCUCACUUAUCACCAUGGCCAUCCAGCAGGCACCGGGGAAGAUGCUGACGUUGAGUGAGAUCUAUCAAUGGAUCAUGGACCUCUUCCCCUACUACCGGGAGAACCAGCAACGCUGGCAGAACUCCAUCCGCCACUCGCUGUCCUUCAAUGACUGCUUCGUCAAGGUGGCGCGCUCCCCAGACAAGCCGGGCAAGGGCUCCUACUGGGCCCUGCACCCCAGCUCAGGGAACAUGUUUGAGAAUGGCUGCUACCUGCGCCGUCAGAAGCGCUUCAAGCUGGAGGAGAAGGUGAAGAAAGUGAACAGCGGGACGUCCGCCGCGAGGAACAGCACGGGGUCUACUGCCGCCACCACCACCGCCACCACCACCACCAUCACUGUUGCCACCAUCGCCUCCCCGCCACCCCAACCCCAGCCUCCGCCCCCCGAGCCUGAGGCCCAGGCUGGAGAAGAAGUGGGGGCUCUGGACUGCGGCUCACCCACUUCCUCCGCACCCUACUUCACUGGCCUGGAGCUCCCGGGGGAACUGAAGCUGGACGCGCCCUACAACUUCAACCACCCUUUCUCCAUCAACAACCUGAUGUCGGAACAGACACCGGCACCCCCCAAACUGGACGUGGGGUUCGGGGGCUAUGGGGCUGAAGGUGGGGAGCCUGGAGCCUACUACCAGAGCCUCUAUUCCCGCUCUCUGCUUAACGCAUCCUAG